ACGGCAAUUGUAACAGUAACAGCAGAUAUAAUCGCCACACAAGAGGAGUGCCAUCACAGACAAACACACACACAGUCACGCACACAUCGACGUGGAUAAAUAGCGGCUUGUUCCUCUCAAACGUACGCUGGGGAGGAAAAGAGAGAAAGUGUCCACCUGCGCUGAUCAAAUACACAACAGGGCUAAGAACCAUGAAGACCAGACUAGGCUGCCUGUCCAAUAAGUCUGACUCAUACCCUGACUUCACUGAGUUCCUGCCCCCUGCCCAGGACAGGGCCACCAGAUGCCGAAAGCUGUCAAAAGAUGAAGUCGUUCUAUGGGCAGAUUCCUUCGAUGUUCUUCUGUCGAACAAGUGUGGCCUGGCUGCCUUCCGGGCUUUUCUCAAGACGGAGUUCAGCGACGAGAACAUUGAGUUCUGGAUGGCCUGCGAGGAAUAUAAAAAAAUCAAGACUCCCACUAAAUUGAUGACCAAAAUUAACAAGAUCUACACUGAGUUUAUUGAUGUCAAGGCUCCCAGAGAGGUAAACAUAGACUUCCGUACGCGGGAAGUGAUGAGGCAGAGCCUUGCGGAGCCCACCCCCUCCAGUCUGAAUGAGGUUCAAGCCAGGGUCCACAGCCUCAUGGAGAAAGACUCUUACCCACGCUUUCUCCACUCCAAGAUCUACCAGGACUUACUCAACUUGCAGUACUCACACUGCCAUCGGAACUCUGUCUGAAGAACACACACAUGCGCCGUCGCAGAUACACAUACACAUACACACACGCGCACACACACACACACACAAACAGUUGUGUUUGUCUUCAGUAGCUAGAACCCAAGGAACCAUUAUUCCUCAGGUUCUAACUUGAGAUCUCUAUGCGUAACUCAAUAACUCAAGUCUCCCAUUGACAUGUUGAAUCAUGUGAACGUUUUUGAGUUAUCCAUACAAAUAUCACGUUAGGAUUCUCCUCUCACAGAGAUAUUCUUUGUAUUUAGACAUAUCGUGAUAUUGUAUCAUCCCUCUUAGAACUGUGUCAACAUAUAGUUUACACUUAGAAAACAAAAUACCACAAGACAUUGUACUGUGUAUCCUUUUAUUUCUCUUAUUAGAAAAUGUGUUGUUGUUGAUGAUAUGUAUUUCUCCCAUCACUAUAGAUUUAUUGUGGUGUAGCAAUAUGUCUGGCAAUUUUAUUAAA